AUGAGCUCGAAACCCUCCGGUGAGGCUGCGGGCAAGAACCACCUGGAAGAUCGCUUGUCGAGGUACCCUGAGCUCUCAGUCGGGGGGAUUCUACGAGCUGGCGACUAUCUGGGUACGGCGACAUUCGCCAUGACGGGAACGUUGACAGCGGCGUCAUCAGGGAUGGACUUGUUGGGUUGUGUCGUAAUAGGUACCAUCACGGCAGUCGGAGGAGGAACGAUAAGGGACAUGCUGUUGGGGCACGAGAACGGGAAAUCAAAGAGAGCGUUUUGGAUGGACGAGCAGGAGUACCUUUGGAUCUCCAUCUUGUCGUCGGUCAUGACUUUCUUCUGGUGGAAUCAUGCUGCCCAGCAACUCAAGCUCAGCCAGGAAGACACGUGGAUCUUCUGGCUUGACUCUUGCGGCAUCGGCGUCUUCUGCUGUAUCGGCGCCAUGAACGGAGUGCGGGCAGGUCUCUCUCCCUUCCUCUCCGCCCUCUGCGGGAUGAUCACGUCGACCUUUGGGGGGCUGACAAGAGACGUCCUGACGCAUCGACCAGUCAGGAUCCUUCACUCGCAUGCAGAGCUCUAUGCCACCACAGCCUUCUGCGGAGGAGGCGCCUACGUGGCGGCUCGUAUGAUGGGGAUGCCCAUGUAUGUGCGAGCAGCGAGCGGGUUCGUGGUUGGGUUCGGAUUGAGGACGGUUGCUUGGCUGUACGACAUCAAGCUGCCUGUCAAGGAAAGUAUCUACCACCACUAG